ACCGAAUUGCUUGUAGUCAUUGUCCGAAUCUAACCACGAGACUUGCGUUUCGCACAUUCGCUCCGUCCUUUUCAAUUUUCAGUAAGCAUCUUGAGUUUACUUGCGAACACGGAACAACACAACAAUGCAAUUCUCAUCUUCCAAAUUCGACUCUCCUCGUUAAUCUCACCGCCACGGCCUUCUGCGCCGCCGUAACCGUCACCGUCCGAUCAACGCAACCGCCGAGACUGGGUUUGACUUGAGGGGACUUCUCUCGGUGAUGUAGUAGCGUGUUAGCGGUGUGUCGCUGGAUGUGUGAGGGGGGAUAAAUGCGUGUCACCGGGGAUCUAGGGUUUUCGAGCCUGGUCCUUGUGGUGGUGGUGGUUGUUUGCGCCGUGAUCGGUUUCGUGAUUCGCCGGAAAUGGCAGCUGUCGGUGGCUAGAAGCGAGGAGAUCCAGAGGCUGUUGAUUCUUGCUGCGGAGGAAACUGCCAGGGUUGAGAGAGAGGCUUCGUUUGUGUACGGCGAGGUGGUGGAUUCUGCUGCGCAUAACAACCAUCAAUGCGCUCUCUGCUAUUUCCCCGCCACCAAGCGUUGCGCUCAGUGCAAAUCCGUUCGUUACUGUUCUUCUGAGUGUCAAACAGUUCAUUGGCGUCAAGGUCACAAAUUUGAGUGUCAUCUUCCCAGCAAAACUCACCAGAGUGAUGAUGUGAUAAGUGAUCUUCGCAAGAAGGUAGCAGAGAAAGACUACUCUGGAAUCCAUUGUGAGAAGUCUGAAAUUGAAGGUACAGAACAUAAAACAUACUCGGGAAGAUUCUCGGUUUCUGAUAUCGGCUUUUCUCCUGAAGUUUCAUUAGGAAAGGAUGAUGAUGUUAGAGUUGAGUCCCUUGCAGAGGCAAAUCUAACCGAUUCUAAUUCUGAAUUAUCCAGUAACUCAUUUUCUGGAUUCUCUGCUUCCCCAAGUUCUAGUGAUUCAUCUGAUGAUUCCUCUACCUGUGAGAGUGUCAUCUCAAAUGAGCAUGAGAAAUCAGAGGCCCAUACUUUUGUUGUUUCAUCCCUUGAUAUUCCUGAUAAAACUUCAGGUCAUAAUGGCAUGGGUGAAGUCAUGUCUUCUUCACCAAAGUUUGCAAGUUUGGUUGAUUCUGUAGAUGAUUUUUCCACAAUGCACAAAUUAAAUCAUAUUACACCUGGUUUUAGUAAAGAAGAGAGGAAGCUUGCAUCAAAUGUGACUUCAGGCUUGAGUAUGUCAAAGGGGACGAAAAUUGAGAAUUCUACAGUGGAUUCUGGAUUUUGGGAUAAAACUCUUGAUUUGAGAGGGAUUAAAGCUAAUGCUAAUGAUGACACCAUUGAUAAGACUGAUCCUGGAUCUUCAUUUCACUUUUCAUUCAGUGGCAUACCUCCUUUGCAUGUACUAGGGACCAAGGCAAAGGAUUCUGUGCCUAAUGAUUCUUUUCCAAACUCUGUUAGAAACAAUUUGCCACUACCAGGAUCAGUAUCAUCAGCGAAUGACAGCGUGAAUUCUUCAAAGAUGAGGAAUCUCUCUGUGAUCAACAGCAAAGAGUCCAAUGUUAUGAGCCAUAAUACUCCUAUCUGUUCUGAGUCUAAUCAAUUGGAAUCUCAAGACAGCUCUGGGCCACCUUUACCUUCUUUCUCCUCUCAAUCCUCUAGUGUUGGCAAAAAUUCAGUUUGUGCAGAUGCUUUUAGCAUCCAUAACUCGCAAUCAGCUGGCUCAAAGGUAUCAAAUCGUGUUGUGGAAAACCAUGGAAGCACCCUGAAGUCCACUGAUAUUAGAAGCCUGACAGGUGAACCUGAUUCUAAUUUAGCUUCUAGAACUGAAAGGCACUCACAUUCCAGUAUGAAACAUGGGAAGAAUGGCAUUGAAUCUGGCACUUCCUCCAAGGUUGCUAACUGUUCUGCAAAUUCUAAGAGCGGCUUGAAAAUGUCUGUAUUGAAAGUAGUUGAUCAGUUUAGGGGAUCCAAUUUGUCAAAGCACUUCCCACUAGCUGUCGGUAAUGAUAUUGCUGGAAGAUACAAUGACAAGGGUAUUUUUCCAUAUGAAUUAUUUGUCAAGCUUUAUAACUUGAACAAGGUGGAGUCGCGCCCAUUUGGUCUUAUAAAUUGUGGAAACAGUUGUUAUGCUAAUGCUGUUCUUCAGUGCUUAGCAUUUACACCACCUCUGACUGCUUAUUUGCUUCAAGGACUGCAUUCUAAAUCAUGUGCAAAUAAAAAAAGGUGUUUCACCUGUGAAUUUGAAAGCUUGAUUUUGAAGUCAAAGGACACGAAAUCUCCCCUGUCUCCUAUUGGCAUACUCUCUCAAUUACAGAGCAUUGGGAGUCAGCUUGGCAAUGGCAGAGAAGAAGAUGCACAUGAAUUUCUGAGGCAUGCUAUUGAUACAAUGCAAUCGGCUUGCCUUGUGGAAGCUGGGAUUAAAGCAUCAGGUUCAUUGGAAGAAGACACAACUUUAAUGGGUCUAACAUUUGGAGGCUACCUUAGAUCAAAGAUAAAAUGCAUGAAAUGUGGCGGGAAGUCUGAGCGUCACGAAAGGAUGAUGGAUCUGACUGUUGAGAUUGAAGGGGAGAUAACCACCCUAGUGGAGGCCCUUCGGCGGUUUACAAGCACCGAGGCUUUGGAUGGAGAAAACAAGUACCACUGUGACAGGUGUAAAUCUUAUGAGAAGGCCAAGAAGAAGCUGACAAUUUCGGAGGCACCCAAUGUUCUUACAAUUGCAUUAAAGAGAUUUCAGUCCGGAAAAUUUGGCAAACUCAACAAGCCUAUUCAAUUUCCUGAAAUACUUGACUUGGCACCUUUUGUGAGUGGGACUAGUGAUAAAUCACCCAUAUACAGAUUGUAUGGGGUAGUUGUUCACUUGGAUAUUAUGAAUGCUGCUUUCUCUGGUCACUAUGUGUGCUAUGUUAAGAAUAUUCAAAACAAGUGGUUCAAGGUUGAUGACAGUGUGGUGACAGCUGUUGAAUCUGAGAGAGUGUUAACGAAAGGAGCUUAUAUGCUUUUUUAUGCAAGGUGCUCGCCAAGGGCUCCAAGAUUAAUCAGGAACAGGAUACUAUCCCCAGAUUCGAAAAGCAAAGUCAAUGGAAAGACUCUUGCAACGAAAGCAAGACAUGUACCUAUAAGUUCUGGUGCUGCUAUGAGUAGUUCGAUUUCUCCAGAUGGCUCACCCGCUUUAGAGUCUUUCUAUUCAAAGUUUCACCAACUGAAAGGGAUUUUACAAGAAGACUCAUCAAGUGAUAGUUCAUCCCUUUUCAGCAGCAAUUCUGAUGAAGGAUCUUGCAGUACUGAAAGUAGGCGUGAUUCAACCAGCAUUGAUGACUUCUCUGACUAUAUUUUUGGUGAUUCAGGACGUGGCUGGAGUAGCCUGUGGAGGAAUUCGGAUUCUGACACAUCGUCAACCUCCUCAUCCCCCUUGAACUUCAGACAUUCGCCCCUGUCGGAUAUGGACCGGUAUGAUUCAGUUUCUCCAGUUGCAACUGGUUUGCGAAUUCCCACAGGUUCAAGUUCUGAGAUAGAUGGUCCUUCACACAGGAGCAGAGAGAUGGAUGUUGAGAGGAAAGGGGUAGGUGACAGUUCACUGCAUAGAAAGUUAGAUAGUGGUAGGGUUAGCAGCAGCAGUAGUAGUAGUAGUAGUAGUAGUAGGGAGACUGACUCGUUUCUGAAACUAAGAACUGACCAUUUUAAUGAUGUAAACACUAAUUUAUCAUGUAGAAAAUCAAGGAAGAGAACAGAUUGAGUUUUAAUCAAUAGGCAGCUACGGUGCCGUACAUAAUGUAAUCUUGGAUGUGGCAUUUCUUUUGGAAAGAAAUUAGCUACAUCAUUUUGCCAAUAACUUACCAUGAUGUAGGUAUA